AUGCCAAAGAACUGCUGCGUGCCCAUUUGCACUUCAUGUGCACGGAAGGACCCUCAUGUUAAGUACCAGGAAUUUCCAUGCAAGCCAGACGUACGUGAAGCCUGGCUGAAGAUGAUAUCAAGGGAAGGAGCUGUCAGAGGAAGCAAAUGGCAGCCAUGCGACAGGUCUCUUGUCUGUUCUCUUCAUUUUACCGAGGCAGACUACAAGAAAGGAGUGAAGAGGAAGCUUCUGCUUCCAACUGCUGUUCCAUCUCUGUUUGAAGGAUACCCAUCCUACAUGCAAGACUGCCAUCCGACCACGAAACGGAGACGGCGGAGUAGCACGUCACGUAAUGCUCAGAAGCAGGCGACAUUAACAGGUAUUCCUUGUGCACCCGCCGAAGCUGAUGCAGUCAUGCCAGAAGAUGAAGAGCAUAUUUGUGAGGACGAGACGCUGCAUCCAGAACAACAGCCUGACCAUGAGGAGCGUGAAACACAUUUUCCCUUGACUUUUGCUGACCAAGAAUGCCAGACGACGCUCGACAUACGAUCCAUGAAAGAAGAACACAAGCGAAACAUGCAUCGUCUCAACAUGAAAGUCAGGAGGCUGAAUGAAUCUCUGGGAUCACUUCAGCAACAACUUGAUGAAGCAUGCACACAGUUGCAAAACUUGCAAAAACAGCAGCCGAUGGCGACAAGACGGCCACAUUUCAAAGGCACCAAAUACUGA